AUGAACCAAGAAACUGCGCAAGCAUUGUUUAAUCAGGGUGCAUUUUUGCUUUUUCUAAAUGCACCCAAAGGGCUAGAAGUAGUGAUUAAAGAAUGGGAUCCUUCGAUAGAGGACAUAAAGAAAGAUGAAGACAUGGAUCCCGAACAAAAUGAACGAUUAAAAUCAGACAUGCGACAGUUUGAUCAAUUUUUGGGUGCUUAUCCACUAUCGCCACCAACAAAUUGGCAAAAAUGGGUUCACCUUACGGACUUCAUAACUCCUCUGCUAAUUGAUGGCGUGUUACCAAACAAAGGGAGAUUAAAUAAUGCAUCUUCAUCGACAGUUGAUGAAGAAGAAUUGCAAAAUAUUGGUGAAUCAAACUUUAAGGAAGACACUAUGAUGUUUACGAAAUUUGAUGUGAAGAAAAGUUGGAGAUCUGGUGCAGUCGGGCAGGAGAUUACAAAAUAUAGUCAGGAUAAGAGUUGGUUAUUAGAAGACCUGCUCAAAAGAACUUAUAGGAACGGUAGUAGACUUAGGCUAAAUUAUUUCAACAUUGUCCAGACAUUACAUAAAAAUAUUAUGGAAUUGAUGUCAUCAACAGAACCUUCUUUCUCGGCAGACGCUCAACAAUCGAAAAAACUUCAUAAUCUUAGACGCAAAUUUGACAAGUUUUGCAGUUUUCUGUAUCAGAGAUUUCAAUGGGAAAUUGCUAAAGAUGACUCUGAAGAUGAGGAGGAGGAAGGUGAGUAUGCUCCGGUUGUCGUAGAAUUAUCUGAAGAAAACAACGAGGUUGAUUAUAUAUCGGAAUUUCCUGUCGUUUAA